GAAAGUCCGAGUGGAAAGAGCCGACGAUCAAAACUUUGACCCGGGACAAAAGAGCGUGAUUUAUUCUGAUCUGACAACCGGACGAACACGUGUGCGUGUGUGCGUGUGUGUGUGUUUACUGACGGGAUCUAUCAACGUGAAGCGAUGGUAUGUGUGUGUGUGUGUGUGUUGUAAUGGCGUGAGCAUUCCUACAUCUCUCCAGUCUACAGAGAUAUACAAAGCACCUCUUGUAUGCAGAGUGUGUGUAUGCUUCAGUGGAUGAAGGGAUUCACCAAAGACAUCUGUUCAGCAGAAAACUGAAGCCAUCAAAUCUGUGCAGAUCUCCUUAUGGCAGCUGUAUUCUUCACCUUGCUACUCUUCCUCCCCUUUCCUCCAUCCAUUUCACCUCGUCCAUUUGCAGAGACACCAGUGACCAUCAGAGUGGACAAGAAUGUUGUCCGCCAAAAUGGUGGCAGCAUUACAAUCAACCAAUCCCGUACCAAUGACAUUCAAAGCUCAAACACAAUAAGACAAAAAGAAAGAAAACUGGACCAAACCAGCAGUGAAACCAGCCAAAACAAUGGAAACCUUACACGUCAUCUGCCGGACAUCAUUAUCAUUGGAGUAAGGAAGGGUGGUACAAGAGCAUUGCUCGAGAUGUUGAGCCUUCACGACACAAUCGCUACUGCUCAAAGCGAGGUUCACUUCUUCGACUCGGACAUUAAUUACCAGCAGGGAUUCGAGUGGUACACAUCGCAAAUGCCACUGGCUCGACCUGAUCAGUUGACAGUAGAAAAGACUCCGGCGUACUUCAGCUCUAUUGACGCUCCAGAGCGAAUCCUUCACAUGAACCCUUCCGUCCGGCUCUUGCUGAUUGUCCGAGAUCCUGUGGAUCGCGUUCUAUCGGACUAUACACAAGUUUUUCACAAUCAGCUUCAAAAACACAAAAUUCCACAGCCCAUCGAGGACCUGCUGCUCCGAGACGGCGAGCUUAACCUCAACUAUAAAGCUGUGAACCGAAGUGUGUAUCACCCACAUAUGCAGCAAUGGCUACAGGUUUUCCCACGUGACAGCUUUCAUAUAGUGGACGGCGACAUGCUAAUCAGAGACCCAUUAUCAGAAAUGAAAAAAGUCGAACAUUUUUUGCACCUCAAGCCACAGAUAACCGAAGAAAAUUUUUAUUUUAAUCGGACAAAAGGCUUUUACUGUUUGAAGGAACAAGGCCGCGAACGCUGCCUACAUGAAUCGAAGGGACGAACACAUCCAAAUGUAGCCCCAGAAAUCCUGCAGAAAUUAUGCAAAUACUUUCAGGAACCAAACAGGAAGUUCUUUGAACUAGUAGGUAGAACGUUUGAUUGGAAGUGAGAAUGGUUAGAUGGAAAAGAAAUGAAAUGCCAUGGAAAUACAAUCAUGCACAAAAACUCAACUGUUUAAGGUUGUGUAAAGAUCAUGAGAAUGGAUGAGGUGAAAUUUUACAAAGAUUUGUACAAAGCUUGUUUGUGUGCAAAUGCCAUAUACUUGGGAAGAACAUUUGUGAAAUGCUGUGAGAACUAUGCUAACAGUUUCACCAACAAACCGGUGGUUGCAACUGCAAAGCAGAUUGUGAGAAUGGACAGAAAACAGGGAAAUACUGGGAAGAAAGUUUGACUCAAAGUGAGAAGGCAGUUGAAAUCCUGUGAAAUCCAUGCUAGUGCUUUUUACUAAUCAAAAAGAAAUUGUUUGUCAUCAUAACAAAGGAUUAUGCAAAAUCCUGCAAAGAGCUCUGCGGACUCGUUACAUUCCUCUAACAGUUACUGAAGAAAGUUGGAGAAUUUCAGCAAAUAAAAACAGCAAAAUAGUACUGUGAAAAACUCCUUUCAUAAAUAAGUUUUGCCAGAGCAUGACAGUAGUCGAAAAGAUGAGAUGAACAUUAUAUAUUUAAUCUUAGCUUAAUAAUAUAAUACAACAUAAUUCAUUACCACAAAGGCCCAUUUGCCUUGAUAUAAAAUGACCUGACUGAAUGAUAACCUCUACACACCCAAACACACACACACACACACACACACACCUGGCUAAACUGGAAUUAAAAACAGGCGGCUAUUUAAACUUGAGAGGAAAUAAAUUCAGCUGAAACUGGGUCAUGAAAACAGAAGGAAAACAAAAUGCAAGCACUUCAGUGUUGUAUGAAACAUGCUGAAAACUUAACGCACGUUGUUUUAAAACUUAUUCUCAUUAUGAUGUAUUAUAUUGAUUUAUUUUUUUUUUUUUUAGGAUAAAUGUAUUAGGACUCUGUUAAGUGUGCCAUUCCAAUGGCGUCAUCAGCUGUAUGCGUUUGCACCAUGUCAAAAUUACAGUGGUUAAGAAAACAAUGCAACACAAAAAUGUAUACAUUAACAAUGUUGUUGUUGUUAUUUUUUAAUAAUGCCAGAAUAUUACCUCAUGACACUGUACUUUUGUGUAUUUUUCCAAGGUAUUAAGGAACAAAAACUGCAAACAUUUACAAACAUGGACAACAACAAGUGAGUAGCCAACUACAGAAUAAUAAUAAUAAUAAUAAUAAUAAUAAUAAUAAUAAUAAUAAUAAUAAUAAUAAUGAUAUUUAAUAAUAAUAAUAAUAAUAAUAAUAAUAAUGACAUUUACUGAUAUGUAUUAACCACAGAAGCAGCUGCAUUUUUUUUCAGUAAUGUUUGAUUAUAACGUGAUUUCACAAUUAGAAAAUUCUCAGCUUAUAAAUCUGACAUGAUGACAUGAAGGCACUGGUUACAUAAUGAUAUGCUCAUAAUGACUUAAUCAGCUCUUAGGUGGAAUUCCUUCAUGUUUUUUAAUGGAAAAGUUUCUCAAAUAUUGAAUAUAAUGGUAUCAAGUUUAAAUACAAAUCCACAGUGCACCUCUCCUUGAAAUUAUCUACACAAAGUGUGAACAUUAAGUGGUUUCUUCUAUGCUCAACACAAAUAAUGAGGCAGCGAUUACAGAAAUAUAAAGACAUAUUGGCUAAUCUCUAACUGAAGCAGAACUCUGUAAACUGUCCAUGUUCUGAUAUACUCACUGUAAAAAGCAAGUUAAUGCACAAACUAGCAUUAUAGAAAACAGGCUAAUACACAUACUAGCAUUAUAGAAAACAGGCUAAUACACAUACUAGCAUUAUAGAAAACAGGCUAAUGCACAAACUAGCAUUAUAUUAAACACGAUAAAGCAAACUAGCAUUAUAGAACACAGGAUAAUGCACAAGCUAGCAUUAUUACAGUAAAAAGGCUAAUGCACAAACUUGCAUUAUAGUAAACAGGCUAAAACACAAAUUAGCAUUAUAAUAAACAGGAUAAAACACAAACUAGCAUUAUAGUAAACAGGAUAAUGCACAACCUAGCAUUAUAGAAAAAAGGUUAAUGCACAAACUAGCAUUAUAGUAAACACGAUAAAACAAACUAGCAUUAUAGUAAACAGUAUAAAACACAAAUUAGCAUUAUAGUAAACAGGCUA